AUGGAUCCACUAUAUUCCCUGUCAGCUGGUGGCCUGGAUGGCAGUCUUCAAGAAGGAAAUUUUUCCUCUGCUUUCAACAGCAGUGAGAAUACAACAAUAGCCGUGUUGCCUCCUGUGUCCGCUGUUCGCGCGGUGAUCAUCCCCAUCAUCUACCUCCUCGUGUGCAUGAUUGGACUCGGUGGCAAUGCUCUGGUCAUUUAUGUGGUCUUGCGGUAUGCUAAGAUGAAGACUGUCACCAAUAUCUACAUCCUCAAUUUAGCUGUAGCUGAUGUCCUCUUCAUGCUGGGCCUGCCAUUCAUUGCCACACAAAAUGCCAUCUCCUACUGGCCCUUUGGCACCUUUCUAUGCAGGCUUGUGAUGACUGUGGAUAGCAUUAAUCAGUUUACCAGUAUUUUCUGUCUUACCGUCAUGAGCAUGGAUCGGUACCUGGCUGUGGUCCACCCCAUCAAGUCUACCAAGUGGCGCCGCCCUAGGAUAGCUAGGCUCAUCAGUGCUGCUGUGUGGACCUUUUCAUUACUAAUGUCCCUUCCCUUCAUCAUAUUUGCCGAUGUCCAGGAAGAUUGGAAUACUUGUAACAUCAACUGGCCUGAACCAGUGAAUAUCUGGGGGGCAGUCUUCAUCAUCUACGCCUCUGUCCUAGGGUUCUUUGGACCCUUGCUGGUAAUCUGCCUCUGCUAUUUGCUCAUUGUGAUCAAGGUCAAGUCUUCAGGGGUCCGAGUGGGUUCCACCCGGCGGAGGAGGUCAGAGAGGAAAGUGACCAGGAUGGUGGUCAUCAUUGUUGUCGUCUUUGUGUUUUGCUGGCUGCCAUUUUACAUCCUGAACAUUGUCAAUCUGGUUUUUAUCCUGCCUGAAGAAGCUGCCUCUACAGGUGUGUAUUUCUUUGUGGUGAUCCUCUCCUAUGCCAAUAGUUGUGCCAACCCCAUCCUGUACGGGUUCCUAUCUGACAACUUCAAGCAGAGCUUUCAGAAGGUCCUGUGCCUCCGAAAAGGCUAUGGGGUUGAAGAUGGUGACCCCACUGACCACAGGCUGGAGAAGAGCAGCCGCCUGCAGGAAGCCAUGCUCUCCUCAAGAAAUACAGAAUUCAAUGGCCACAUGCAAACAAGCAAGGUGUAAAGGAGCUCCUCCGGGAAGUGUAAAGAUGACAGCUUGCUGGGAGGAAGAUCCCAAGAACCCUGCAUAGGAGUUAAAACAGGAGA